CCCAAUGCUCUAAAAAAAAUAUAAAUCAAAUAGACAUUAGACAAGUGACACACAAAGUGUGACAGAUAGUUGUUAUUGAAGGAAUUUCAAAACUAUUUCUUUCAUUGUCAAACUCGGCCAAAAUGACGAAAGGAACCUCAAGUUUCGGAAAGCGCCGAAAUAAGACUCAUACGUUAUGUAGAAGGUGUGGAAGAUCAUCUUACCACAUCCAAAAGUCAAAAUGUGCCCAAUGUGGAUACCCAGCUGCAAAACUUCGUUCAUAUCACUGGUCAGUAAAAGCUAAAAGGAGGAAGACCACAGGAACUGGCCGCAUGCGUCAUUUGAAGAUUGUUAGGAGACGCUUCCGUAAUGGUUUCAAAGAAGGACAACCUACUCCUAAAAAAGCUGUAGCUUCCUCGUAGACAUGUUACUUUUAAGUAAUAAAAUAUAAAAAGUC